AAUUAGCGGUACUGGCGAGACACUAUACUUCUCAAUAAAAGCGGCUCAAGGGACUACGAUUCCUCCAAUCCUCAACGCCUAUGAGAUUUAUCGGUUCGUAGAGCUACCAAAUAAACCAACUGCCCCAGACGAUGUUGCUGCUAUGCUGGAGAUCAAGACCCAGUACAGCGUGACUAAAAACUGGCAAGGCGAUCCGUGUGUCCCAAGUGAUUAUUCAUGGGAAGCUUUAAACUGCAGUAAUGACAAUCCUCCAAGGGUCAUCUCAUUGAACUUGAGCUCAAGCAACUUGACAGGGGAAAUUGCAACUUCAUUCUCCAAACUCAAACUAAUCCAGUCCUUGGAUUUAAGAGGAAACAAGCUCACAGGUUCAGUUCCUGGGGCUCUUCUGGAACGGUCGAGGAUUGGACAAUUGGACCUGAGGGUUGAUGCAAAUCCGGAUCUUUGUCUGUACGCUCCUUGUAAGGGAAAGAAGAAAAAAGAGUUAGUCAUUCCAUUUCUUGCAGCGUCUAUAACAGCAGUCUUGAUCCUUCUCUUCAUCGUUAGUGCUCUUGCUAUAUGUAGAAGGAAAAGAGGAUCAGACAUGGUUUCCAAAUCCAAAUCCAGCAUCAAAUCAAAGAAUCGACAGUUCAGCUACUCUGAGGUUGUUAACAUAACUAAUAACUUCAGAACCAUCAUUGGCGAAGGAGGAUUUGGAAACGUCUACCUCGGCAAAUUAGAAGAUGACAUUCAAGUUGCUGUUAAGCUUCUCUCUCCUUCAUCAAACCAAGGGUACAAGGAAUUUAGAGCGGAGGCACAGCUCUUAAUGGUACUUCAUCAUGGAAACUUGGUUACUCUUGUUGGAUACUGUGAUGAUGGCGAACAAAAGGCGCUCAUAUAUGAGUACAUGGCUAAUGGGAAUCUGCAGCAGCAUUUAUCAGCGACAAACCCAAAUGUCAUAACAUGGAAGAAGCGACUUUGUAUUGCAGUGGACGCAGCACACGGGUUGGAGUAUCUACAUAAUGGUUGCAAGCCACCUAUCAUCCACAGAGAUUUAAAACCGUCCAACAUCCUACUAAACGAACAAAUGCAAGCCAAGAUAGCUGAUUUUGGGCUUUCUAGAGCCUUUGCCAACGAAAAUGAUACCCACGUGUCAACUUGCCCAGCUGGCACAUUUGGAUACGUCGAUCCGGAAUUUGCAACAUCUGGGAACUUCAAAAAGGAAAGUGACGUCUAUAGCUUUGGGAUUAUUUUGUUUGAGCUUAUAACUGGUCGCCCUGCAAUAAUAAGAGGUCCUAUGCAAAGCAAUCACAUACUUGACUGGGUUUCUCCUUUGAUUGGAAGGGCAGAUAUUCAAAAUAUUGUUGAUCCAAGACUAGAAGGAGAGUUCAACACCACUUCUGCCUGGAAAGUUGUGGAAAUAGCCAUGUCGUGCGCACUACCGGUUGCAAUCCAAAGGCCAGGCAUGAGUCAGGUAUUGGCAGAACUAAAGGAAUGUUCGGCUCUGGUAAUGACUCGUGGGAGACUUCAAAGGAUAGUAACUGAGUGCAGAACUUCGAGCAUGCACACAGCACGUUCCAUUUCGAGCUAGAAUCAAAAAUUUCUCAUGUCACUAGAUAGUUAUUGAACAAACUAUGCUAAAAAAUUCCUUUUAUGCAAUACGACAAGUCCGUUUGAAGAGCUUAUUAUAUCCUUGUUUCAUGUGGGUAACCUUUUUUUUUAAUCGAGUAUGAGAGAGAAUACUUUAUGGAUUUCUACAGCUUUCUAGGUUCUAUUGGACAUUUAAAUUACAAUGAUUACUAGUUUGUAUUCUGGA